CAAAACACACAAGACAUCAGGGCUGUAGGACUUUAGUCGGAGAGAGUAGUCUUGGCUGUGGAAGGUGGCGAUUUUAUGUUGAUCUUCUUUUUGUUAGAUGUUUUACAUAUGCGUAAUUCUCGCUCACGUUUACAACUGCUGAACAUUUUCAUGUUCGCUGUUAUAUCCUGUCGCUAGUUUUAUACAAAAAAAUGCCCGGCAUGGGGAAAUCAGGUGUCAGAGGCUCUAAAAGGCCCAAGCUAGACUGGAGGUUUGUACAGAGGUUCUGCAGCAUCCAGAGGGUGCUGUUCCCCUCAUGGACCAGCCAAAGUGUGCUCAUGUUUGGGACACUGCUCGGAGUCACUCUGGCAGAGCAGCUGAUCAUUUACCAGGUGGGAAUCCUCCCAAGCCACUUUUACUUUGUGCUGGGAGAUAAAGACUAUUCAGGCUUCAAGAGUUUGGUUGGGAAAGCCAUGGUUCUUAUUUUACUUAACUCUACAUUAAAAAGUAUAGAUCAAUACAUCUGCAGUCUGAUGUAUUUGAGCUGGAGGAAGACGCUCACAGAAGAUCUCCACUCGUCCUAUUUCCAGGGGCGGGUUUAUUACACCCUCAAUGUUCUUCGAGAGGACAUUGACAACCCAGAUCAGCGCAUCAGUCAGGAUGCAGAGAGACUGUGUAAACAGAUGAGCUCGAUGGCCAGUCGUCUCAUAGUUUCACCAUUUACACUGGGUUACUACACCUAUCACUGCUUUUACAGCACAGGUUGGAUCGGUCCUGUGAGUAUUUUUGGUUACUUUGUGAUUGGGACGUUUGCCAAUAAAACUCUCAUGGGACCAAUUGUGUCUACACUUUUUGAGCAAGAAAAACUGGAGGGAGACUUCAGAUUUAAGCACAUGCAGAUCCGAGUCAACGCAGAGUCGGCAGCUUUUUACAGAGCUGGUAAAGUAGAGCACAUGAGGACCGACCGAAGGUUGCAGGCUCUGCUACAUACUCAAAGAAGUCUGAUCAACAAAGAGCUCUUGCUUUACAUUGGAGUAAACACCUUUGACUACCUGGGAGGAUUCCUCAGCUACAUUAUAAUCGCUAUUCCCAUCUUCACUGGAGUUUAUGACGGCCUCACUCCUGGAGAACUCAGUGCACUCAUUAGUAAGAACGCCUUUGUGUGCAUCUACUUGAUAAAUGGCUUCACACAGCUAAUAGACCUGUCAACCACUCUGUCCGAUGUGGCAGGAUACACCCACAGGAUCGGGGAGCUCAGAGAAGUAAUGGACGACAUCCUCCGUAAACAGUGCGACUACGACCCCGCGUCAGGGGAGAGCUACGACUUUGACAGUGACUUUAAUGUCCAUGGCGGCCCUGUGGAUACAGCUUUCAUACUGGACCAUCUCUCUUAUAAGUCUCCAUACUCAGAGGAGCUGCUCGUGGAAGACCUGAGUCUGAAAAUCAGUCAAGGCGAACAUCUCCUCGUGGUGGGCAACACAGGAACCGGAAAAACAUCACUACUCAGGGUCCUCAACCGGCUCUGGGAGGCAGAAAGUGGCUUUGUUCACAUGACGACAUGUUUCGGACCCAGAGGAACACUUUUUCUGCCUCAAAAACCGUACUUGACUGAUGGAACACUGCGAGAACAGGUGAUUUACCCACUCAAGGAUAUCUACCCUGUAUCAGGGUCAGUGGAUGAUGACAGAAUAAUAAAAUUCCUAGAAUUGGCUGGAGUGUCCAGUCUCGUGAAGAGAACAGGUGGCCUGGAUGAGAAGGUCGACUGGAACUGGUAUGAUGUGCUGUCCCCUGGUGAAAUGCAGCGCCUCAGCUUUGCACGGCUGUUCUACUUACAACCUAAAUAUGCAAUAUUGGAUGAAGCCACUAGUGCAUUGACAGAGGAGGCAGAGGCUCAGGUGUAUCGCCUAUGUAAACAGCUUGGGAUGACACUGGUCAGUCUGGGACACCGUAGCAGCCUUGAAAAGUAUCACGAUGUCCAACUGAAACUGUGUGGAGGUGGCCGCUGGGAGUUAACUAAUCUGAGAGAAGGCACCCUUUCAGAGGCACUAUGACCAUCACACAAGCCGCUACUCUAUGAAGGAUGGGACAAAAACACAUGGAUGCAGUGGAGCACAGCCUCAGAGCUGGACACUGGGAAGCUGCUGACGUGGCUGUUUGAGCUGCAAAAGUGAAACUUCACUUGGGAGUGUCCAGAUUGGAAAAGUUAGAUUAUGAGUGAAAGUACAUGGUGCUAGUAGUGUUAAUAUAAAUGAAGUAUUUGUUAUCUAAUAAUUGCACAUACCUGUUUGCCACCAUGUAUCUACUAUGGGGCAGCGACCAUCACCCACCACCUUGUGGUACCACUCCCAGGCUUCUCUGUUGAUUGGCUCGCCCACUAGAGGAAAAGGCAGAGGCAGCACACAGCAGAUGAGAUUCUGAUCAUGUUAAAUCUCUGAUAAGAUCAAACAUAAGUCUAGUGAGUAGAAUAACUGAUCAACUACAGGAGGGUCAAACUGGGUUUCAUGUCCAGUUUACCAUAAGAACAUGUGAGCACUUGCGUGUGUGUAUGCGUGUGUGUGUGUGAAUGUGUGCGUGUACUUGAACUGUUAAAACAGGUGUGUCUUUGGACCAAAGACGUUCCCUGACCCCGAGCUACUCCAUGUGUGACUGUGUGAGGCACUAAAAGGGCCUUGGUCAAACAGCUACAUAACAUGACAGGUAUAAAUACACUCUGCACAUUGUAUCAGGUCAGUGUUAGUCCACUCUAUGAAUAUGUUUAUGCAUAAUUGUAGAUAUCCCUUUUGUACAUGUGCAUGUGAUGAAUGUUACUAUUGACAUACCAGAGCCCAGUGUUUUGAGGGAGGAGCGGUCGUAUUUGUGCACCCAUUGGUCUCCGUACUUGAGCAGCAGGCGGAUGGCUGUUGGAGCUCCAUAAAACUGGUUAAUCUGUAGUCGCUCAACCAUCUCCCAGUAUCUUCCUGAUAGUGAAACAGAGUUAAGACAAUUACAGUACAAUAUUGCAUUUGAGUAUUUUACAGUGCAAUAUAAAGACUUCCCAAUAAAAGUGUUUCUCUAAAAUGUAUAAAGAACAAUACUAAGCUAAUGUUGACAUUAAAGAUAACUGUGUUUACAGAAGCUACUCAUUUUGGAGGAUAAUGGGGGGGCACUGUCAGGUUCAGUGUUAAGUGUAAACAGUAAAAAGAGGUCCCUGCUGAGCUGAGGGCAGGCAUACGUUCAGACUAUUAACCUUGAAAUAUUAUACUGUUUUUCUAAUAUUACAUAAUGCUGCAGGCUGUUACAUAAUCCUUCAUACCUGGGUUUGGAUAAACAGGAGUGCUUUCAAACAAAACAGUAGUUCCUCCAUUUGCCAGAGGCCCGUAGACACAGUAACUAUGUCCGGUUAUCCAGCCAAUAUCAGCCACACAACCAAACACAUCUCCAUCAUGGUAAUCAAAAACAUACUGGAGAUGAGAACACAGUUAGAAAAUAUGAAUUAAUUAUAUAUUUACUUCAGAUUUUCAUUCAAAUGCUGUGGUGUUAUAUUACCUUGUGUGUUAAUGAGGUGUAAAGGAGGUAUCCAGCCUGAGUGUGGACGAGUCCUUUAGGUUUGCCAGUGCUGCCUGAUGUGUAAAGCAUAAAUAAAACAUCUUCACUGUCCAUAACAGCGGGUUCACAGACCACAUCCUCCUGCAUCAUCUCCUGCAAAGAGAGCACAUUGGAAGUACAAAGUUUUAAUAAACUAAAUGUAAUAACAAGUGUAUUGUCAAUGGGUACUCAAUAUUUAGACCUGAUUCUUGGUGUUUUUAGAUGCAAAAUACAACACUCAUAAUCAAAAAUA